AUGGUGAAAAAUAAAGAAGUGAGCAUUGAAGGAGCUUUGCAUUUGGCACAGAAAGAGGUUUAUGCUGAAAAGGAUUCACAGGAUUUGCUAACCGGCUCACAAUUUAACUUCAGCAUCUACAAAUACAAACGUUACCGGUGGCAGAAACGAAUUUUGCAGAUUGAUUUCAACACAAAGACCAUUUUUAACAUUGAGAAAGGAAUUAUUAAGAAGCAGUUCCCUUUCUCACAAGUCAAAGCCUGUGAAGAUACUGAAAGGAGGCGCUUCAGCAUUGUGUUUCAUGGGCGACAAGAUUAUGAGCUGGAAGCAGUAUCUCUUGAUGAUAAAAGGAAGAUAACAUACCUUCUGAGCAGGGUUAUACAGAGCAAUUCAUUCAAGAGACCAGCAGAGUCCUGCUCUGGAAGACCUGCAGAAUGUGACGUGAUACAUGAAGGACUGCUGGAUUUGCAGCAAAACACUUUUACAUCCACUGAAUGGGUGAAGUACUUGGUACAACUACGUGAAGGAGAAUUGACUUUAUAUUGCAUAGGCCCGGGAGGAAAGAACAAGGCUGCAGACCCCGUAACAAAUACAAUUAAUUUGUCAGGUGGUAAUGUGAGUGUCAGCGAGGAGAAUGGAUGCAGUACCUUUUCAGUUCAGACCAAAGAACGCAAUUAUUUGUUUCGAAUACCUUUUACGGUCCAAACUAGCAGGACUGAGGAUGUUAGCAAGCUCCAGAAUGAAUGGGUGUCUCUCAUAGCAAGGUACUGUCAGCUGGGCAAGGGUGCCUCGCUGCCUCGGGAGGGAUCUCAAGGAGGCACCUCCCCUGAAGCCGAUUAUGUGGAUUUUACUGUACCUCCAAAUGAACCAAAAGAGGAGGCCCUCCACUUUGGUGGGAGUUCUGCAACAACCAGUCUGAACAAGUCUUCAAGCCCCCAGACAAAGCCUGCAGAGGCAGACACAGCCCCAGCAUCACUGUCUCUUCCGCUUCCCAUGAGUAAGGCAGAGGUACCACCAGCCCCACCUGUGCUCCCACAGCCCUACAGCCUCUCUGCACUGACAAAGAGGACCAAAGCCUUUCACUGGGAUGUUGUUCCUUGUGAUAAGAUUCAGAAAUCUGUCUGGGGAUCAUGUGACCCAUGCAAGAAAAAAAUAGAUGUAACCAGACUCUGUGAUCAGUUCCAGAUCCAGGACAUGGCAGUAUUUUUGGGCAAUGAACCUUCAGUGAAUCAGCACAUCAUGUUAGAUCGAAAAGUUGCACAUAACUUCAACAUUUUUCUUAAAAGUUUCCAUAUAAAACCAAGUGAGCUGAAAGAAAAACUAUACCUUAUACAUGAAGAGAGCGGUGGACUUACAGAUGAGCAGAUUACAGCACUAAGAAGAUAUAUGCCAACACCAAAGGACGCAGAAAGGUACCAGUCAUUCAGGGGGUCUCCCUCAGAGCUGCAUGUGGUUGAUCAGUUCAUGUUAGAGAUGUGUAAAAUCCCCCACUUAGGCCAGAGGCUGGAUCUCCUGCUUACCAUACGUGAGCUCCCUGUGAGCAUGAGGGAUUUGGAGCCUGUAA